UUUCCACGCAGGCGCAGUUUGUCAUACGCUACACAUGACCGUGAGGAGUAAAAACAAUGUGGCGUUUCUCCUUACAGAGGAGAUUCUUUCACUUCUCAUUGUGUUUAAUGAAGAAGUUAAAGAAUAAAACUGGCGCAGAGCAGCGCUGGCUGCAGCGGCAGUUCAAAGACCCGUAUGUCAAAGCUUCUCACGAACAGAACUUCCGGUGCAGAAGCGCCUUCAAGCUGCUGGAGAUAGAUGACAAGUUCAGGCUUUUAAAACCUGGCAGCAGUGUGGUGGACUGCGGAGCUGCACCCGGAGCCUGGAGCCAGGUGGCCGUCCAGAGGGUCAACUCAGACGGGAAAGAUCCAGCGAUACCCCGCGGUACAGUUGUUGGCAUUGAUCUGCUAAACAUACCAGCUCUGGAUGGCGCCCACUUCCUGCCCAGUCAUGAUGUCACCGACCCCGUCACGCACGCCAAGCUGCAGGAGCUGCUCCCCAAUGGCCGAGCUCACAUCAUCCUGAGCGACAUGGCGCCCAACGCCAGCGGAUUCAAGGCGAUGGACCACGAGAAACUCAUCACAAUGUGUUUGUCUUUGAUAGACUUGGCUGAUAAGAUUUUACAGCCAGGGGGUGCUCUGCUUUGUAAAUACUGGGACGGAUUCCACGCUCAUGAACUCCAGGAGAAACUCUCCAGAGUCUUCAGCAGUGUUCAGACUUUAAAGCCGAACGCCAGCAGGAAGGAUUCAUCUGAGAGAUAUCUCUUAGCUAAGAUGUACAGAAAACCAGCAAAAUGAUAUUUUAGAUGUGUGUGUAUAUAUAUAUAUAUAUAUAUAUAUAUAUAUAUAUAUAUAUAUUAAAUUCUGAUGCAUUCUGAGGAUUUACAGGCUCUUUUUGAAGAGUGGUCAUAAAGAAGAGGCCUACCUUUUAACUUUGAUCAAAAGGUGGCACUGUUGAGGCAUCAGUAAGGCCAACAGCUGCAGGCACAGACACAGACACAUUACAUACUGCCGCUGCUGACUUUUAUCCCUGCAAACUUAACACAGUAGCAGCAGUGAAUCAGUAAUAUGUAAACCUAUGCAAGAAUCAUCAGUGUGAUAUUCCUCAAGAGCCCAAUGCUGUGUUUUCUCUGAAGUUAUUGUUUGCCUCACAGUAUUUGUUCUACACAGUCAGUUUGGUAUUUGCUUUGUUACAGAAAGUCAUUUACCAGUGCUGCUUAUGCUAAUAAUUUGCGCUGCCAGCCAUGUAGAAAUAUGUAAUCAUUCUCUCAUUGAGAGCUUAAGAAGGGACAACCUAAUACAGAGUCACAUACAGCAUGACUAAUGGGAAGUGGGAUGAUACUGAGGCUUGGCACGCUGCAAGUGUUGUCGGGCUCUGCUCUCUGACAGUGCAGAGAUUUCCUGUGAAAAUAUUUUCAGCUCAGUAGACAGAUUUUCUUUUGAGAUUCCUCUUUAAAUCACUGUGUUAGACACUUUGGGAUUUAUUUUGUUUGUUUCUGUGCUUUUUCAUACUGAUGUGCUUCUGGUCGGAGUUCAGAGCCGCUGGUGAUGAAAUAAAAGGAUGUUUCUGUCAGAGCUGCAUUAUAGAAGACACAACUCAUAUAUUUGAUAUCACAGAGAUCUAUAUAAGGAUUCACGGUAUCAACCUUGCUGAUAUAACAUUAUCUACUAUGGCUUUUACUCAGUUGUUGUUGCUCUCCAUGCACCAUCUGCGGAGUAAAAAGACCCGGGCCCCAAGCAUGUGCUGUCUCAGUGGACAUACACCAGACUGACACUGUUUAUCAUGAUCAUGUGUCCUCAUGUUGGUCCAUGAUACUAACCCUACCUGCCUUCAUCACUCAGCAUGGAUUGUUGGCAAAAAUGAACAUGUCAUAGUACCAGUGGUGAAAAAAGUAUUCAGAUUCCUUACUUCAGUAAUAGUACUAAUACCACACUGUGAAAUGACUCAACUACAGGUAAAAGUUCUGCAUUCAAAACUUAAGUAAAAGUACAAAAGUAUCAGCAUCAAAAUGUACUUAAAGUAUCAAAAGAAAAAGUACUCGUUAUGCAGAAUGAACCCAUUCGGAUUGUUUUAUAUAUUCUAAAUAUAUUACUGGAUUAUAAUUAUUAUUAUUGAUGCAUUUUGUAAGCUGUGUUUUAAUUUUCUCAAGGUAGGGAUCACUAAGCAUCUACAUAAUAUAAUGUUAUGAAGUUUAAUUAAAAAAAUCACUAAAUUUGGCACGUCUUUCAUGUUCAAUCUCGACCUGAAAAGUAAUAAA